AGAGCCCGAGGCGAGUAUGGCUGCACAGUCGUCGCUUCCUCUCCACGGCAGAGUCGCCUCGCUGAACUCGGUGCGAGAGUCGUUGUUAAUUACACAACUAAAUCGUCUGACGCCGAGCUCGUCGCGGCUAAGAUCAACGGUCUUCCAGCCGUUACCGGAAACGGAACAAGAGCGAUCGUGGUUCAGGCCAACGUUUCAGAGCCAAGCCAGGUGAAAUCGCUUUUCGAAGCUGCGGAGAAGGCCUUCGAGUCACCGGUUCAUAUUCUGGUUAACUCGGCGGGAGACCUCGAUCCCAAGUACCCUUUGAUCGCUAACACAUCAGUAGAAGAUUUCGAUCGCACUUUCAGUGUCAAUACGAAAGGGGCGUUUCUUUGCAGCAAGGGAGCUGCUAACAGACUCAAACAAGGAGGUGGUGGUCGGAUCAUACUCCUCACAUCUUCCAUGACCCGAGGAUUGAAGCCUGGAUUCGGCGCCUAUGCAGCGUCAAAAGCAGCUGUGGAAACGAUGGUCAAGAUUCUUGCGAAAGAGCUCAAAGGAACAGGGAUCACUGCAAACUGUGUUGCUCCGGGACCCAUAGCCACCGAGAUGUUCUUCGAAGGGAAGAGCUCGGAGGUUGUGGAGAAGAUAGCCGCAGAGAAUCCUUUUGGAAGAGUCGGCGAAGUCAAAGACGUGGUGCCUCUUGUUGGGUUCUUGGCUGGCGAUGGUGGUGAAUGGAUCAACGGUCAGAUCAUUCCUGUUAAUGGUGGAUAUGUGUAAAAGGAUUAUAUAACAAUAAUAACCAAUAAUGAUUCUGAUUUGAUGCUCA